CUUAUGAGCCACCCGGAAGGCAGUCCCCUCCCGCCUGGCCGGCCCCACCUGGAGAGGAGCUUAAAGCCCAGCGGGGUGGCCCUGCACGCGCAGAGCCGGCUCCCCUGCACCAUGCCCAAGGCCAGCAGCGUGCUCGUCCUCGCAGGGCUCCUGGUUCUCUGGGCAGAGCUGCCGCCAGCAUCCGCCCAGAAUGUCACGACGAAAGCCGGCGUGUGCCCGGACCCAGCGACAGAAGAAGCGAACUGCACAGUGGGGUGCCAGUCCGAUGGCGACUGCGAGAGCACCCUCAAGUGCUGCCCGGCGGCCUGUGGCAAGGCCUGCCAGGAGCCCAACGAGAAGCCCGGCACCUGCCCACCCGUGAAGCCAGGGAUCCCCAUGCUGGGGCUCUGCGUUAACCAGUGCAAGACGGACUCCAACUGCCCCGGGAGCCUGAAGUGCUGCAGGAACGGCUGCGGCAAAGUCUCCUGCGUGACUCCCUUCUACUGAGGCACAGCCUCCUCCUGCCAGCCCAGCCACAGGGAAGCUGCUGCCCAACGCGAUGCCCGCACAUUCAGGCCCCCCCGCGCCCUCCUGCCCCCUGGCUGGGCUCCCAGCUCAGAGCCUUCAGCCUCAGCCUCCUCCCUGGGGCCCGGCUCGGGGCGCGCCGCAGCCCCCCGUGCUCUCACCAAUAAAGCAGCCUCUCCCUGC